GACACACAAGUUCUCACAUACUCACUGAAACUCAUACGCAUUGCCACAGCAUCAAUCGCCAUUCGGACAAUUCGCAGGUUACGAGUAUAAAAGAUUCGUCUCAUGUAAAGGCAUACAGAUUGGGCAACCUCUCAUUGUGUGACUCCCAUUGGUCCGCUUGAGCCCCGCGUGACAACCUGAGGCGCGUUGAAAAAUGAGCUUCUCAAGACCGCCGUGAUGAAGAAAUCAAUUGCUUGCGGCGCAUGUCGGACGUCAAAGAGAAGGUGCAUCCAUUCUGGUGGACCGCCAUGCAUCCGCUGCAAGGAGAGAGGAGAUGAAUGCAUCUUCCCUCCCAAAGGCACUUCCUUCAUCUUUAGGCGCUCGAGGCUUGAGCGCCAGGCUCGCGCACAGUCCAGUGCGUUGCCGACGGACACCAACAUCACAGCCUCGCUAUUAUCAGCCUCCGCAGGGCCUCAGCGUGGCGCUGCGGAAGACCCCGAUGAACAACCCAAGGUCAACCUGUGGGAGAUUGACCCAUUGGAUUACGUGACAGAUGAGGUCAAGGAGAGCUACCUCAGAUGUUCUUACAAGUGGUCCUUUCACCAUAUGCCUACAUUCUUCGCAUCCAUCCGGAAUAAGACUCUGGAUCGGUCUGUUGCGUGGGCGAUGCUGGCCAUCACAGUGCGAUUCUCGCAACACCCACCAGAUGGCUUCUCUAGCCAGAUUCAGACGAGUAACUACUUCGCCGCUCAUACCAGGUCUCUUAUCCUUCCAUCAAUAGAUGAGCCGAGCUUGCAGCGGAUCCAAGUUCUUCUCAUGCUCACCGGCCAUUCAUGGGGUUCAGGUGAAGGCAGACGUGCAUGGGUUUACCUUGGGAUGGCCGUGAGAAUGGCCCAGAUCAUGGGUUUGUUCGAAGACCCUCCAGUCACAACCCUGGACAGAGAAGAGUUUAUCCAUGGGGAAGAACGACGGCGAACGGCGUGGACGUGCUUCCUUAUGGACAGUCUUUUGAGCGGCGGCAAAGGCCGCGAACGGUUGCUAUCCGCGGAUAGUAUGCACAUCCAGCUACCUUGUGAUACGAGCAACUUCAUAUUCGGCGAACCGGUCAUCUGUCCCUACAUAGAAGGCUAUCGAUCCGAUGGCAAUUCUAUGAUCCCACCCGGCAAUCUGGGCAUCGUUGCACACAGCAUGGGGGUUGCAGAUAUUUGGGGCGCUGUUGCAAAAUGGUCCUGCUCUUCGCACCCGAACAACACGCCUCCUUGGCAGCCACAGUCAGAACUCCAACGUCUACUACUACGCUUAAACGCUUGGAGGGAAUCGUUGCCUCCUCGCCUGCGAUAUGAUCUAUCGCUGCUGCACGCCCAUAGUGUCCAGAAUCAAGGACAGGCGUUCUGCUACAUGCAUUGCAUCUACUUCAUGUCUGUCAUAUUUCUUUACCGAUCCUAUCUGCCCGAAUUGGAGAUGCACGAAGAGGCAGAGCAUGAGAACGGCGAUAGGAAGCAGUGGACCCAGUUUUCUUGCAGAGAACUCGCAAAAGUUGCCGACCAGGUGUGCGAAAUGCUCCAGGAUAUCCGUGGAUUUGGCCUUUUCUUUUUACGUGGCCUGGUUCCGUGGAUAGGCUUCACCAUCUACACCGCAGUUGGAACACUGCUCUAUUUUUGGCAUUUUCCACAUGUUAGUGAAGGCGACCCGCAGAUCGAAAGCUGGAGACAGCGCAUCAUCGACGGAUGCGUUUUUCUCAAGGACAUGAGGCAAGCCUGGCCCAUGGCAGAUACCUGGCGUGAAACCAUCAAGGCAAUGCAUAUUUUCUAUAGCAAUGUCAAGUCAAAGGGCAAUCAGGCCAUGAGCCCGAGUGCGCGUCGAGAGAUGAGAAACGCCAUCAUCGACUACGGCGCCUUACAACCAUCUCCCGUUCAAGCUGCCGAUAGUGGGAGCGAGGAAGAGACUUUGGUUGUUUCUGAACAGGAAGAAACGAAUCCGAAUGAGAUCAGCACAAAUGAGACUGAAAUCAGCACAAACGAGACUGAGCUCAUAUCUCACGAAUUCGGCGUGGUACCGCCUGCCGAUUAUGACCUUUUUGAUACGCAUUUUGAUAUUGACUCUGCGAUGGCCGCGUCGUUUGCUGAUGCCACCCAGGGCUUCUGGGAGGGGUAUCCUGGAAACCAUGUUGAUGUGGGAUGGGAGGUGACGCCCUGAAGAUGAUACUAUUCCAGCCAUCCAAUCACGGCGUCAUUCUCAUACUUGUUCACGGUCAUGUUUGCGAUAAAAGGCUGUUCAAUUUUUUUUUUCUUUUUUUUUUUUUUACCAUGUCUCUCUUCCUUUUCCCUGUCAUUCUCAUCGUCCUACAUGAGGUGUCAACACAUGAGACCAAGACUUCAUUGAUAGGUGCAAUCAAAGCAUGAAUACCCACUCCUCUACUCUAUGCAACAAAAAAUCAACCAGAUUUACCAUCAUCUGCGCCCAAGCUCUA